GUGUGUUUGUGUUCACCCUGGUUUGACAGCCGUGAUCUCACUGGCAGCGUGAGUGAGCGUGUUGCGUGUUGCGUGUUUGUGCCUGAGCGUCCUCUUCCAUGUGCGCUGCAUGGCUGCUGGUGUUAUUGCGCAGUGUGAAGUGAGUGAGCACCGGGAGCCGACACGAUGUCCAGCGCGCCGCACGACCCGUUCUACUCGUCUCCGUUCGGUCCGUUCUACAGGAGACACUCGCCCUACAUGGUGCAACCCGAGUACCGAAUCUACGAGAUGAAUAAGCGGCUACAGUCCCGUUCAGAGGAAUGUGAUAACCUGUGGUGGGAUGCUUUCUCCACUGAGUUCUUUGAGGAUGACGCCACCUUGACCCUGUCAUUCUGUCUGGAAGAUGGGCCCAAGAGAUACACGAUUGGCCGAACCUUGAUCCCUCGCUAUUUCAGCACGGUGUUCGAGGGUGGGGUGACCGAGCUCUACUUCGUGCUCAAACACUCCAAGGAGUCCUUCCACAGUUCCACCAUCACCCUGGACUGCGACCAGUGCAGCAUGAUCACGCAGCAUGGCAAGCCCAUGUUCACCAAGGUAUGUACGGAGGGUCGGCUGAUCCUGGAGUUUGCCUUUGACGACUUGAUGAGGAUUAAGACGUGGCAUUUCACCAUCAGGCAGUACAGGGAGCUCAUCCCACGCAGCAUCCUCGCCGUGCAUGCCCAAGACCCUGGGGUGCUGGAGCAACUGUCCAAAAACAUCACCAGAGUGGGCCUGACCAACUUCACCCUCAACUACCUCAGGCUGUGUGUGAUCCUGGAGCCCAUGCAGGAGCUGAUGUCUCGUCACAAGACCUACAACCUCAGUCCGCGCGACUGCCUCAAGACCUGCCUGUUCCAGAAGUGGCAGCGGAUGGUGGCGCCCCCAGGUCAUCCACCCAACUUCAAAUCAGAAAUAUUCCCAACAAACCAUAAAAAAGCUGAACCAGCCAGACAGACGACGACGAAGAGGCGGAAAAGGAAGAACUCGGCGAGCAGCGCGUCCAGCAGCGUGGGCACUGGCAAGAAGCGCAGCCCCGCCAGCACAUUCAGCCUGUCGACACAGGUACCUUGCUCUCCGUCUCUGGUUCCCCCAGCCCAAAGCGGCCGGCGGACUGACGGGGGGGUUUUCCGCGGCGCGCGGCGGCGGGUGGCCGGAGGCGGAGCCGGGGAUGUGAUGGUGGUGGGGGAGCCCACUUUGAUGGGUGGCGAGUUUGGGGACGAGGACGAACGUCUGAUCACGCGGCUGGAGAACACCCAGUAUGACGCCGCCAACGGUCUGGACGACGAGGAGGACUACACGUCCUCCCCGGCGCUAGGCAACAACGGCCCCUGGAGUAGCAAGCCCCCAAAUCCCCAGGACAGCAAAGCCGACGGCACAUCAACUCAGCCAGCCCAGUAGCACAACCAACCCAAACCAAACCAAACCAAACUCCACCCAGAAACCCACACCCGUAGUCGCAGAAAUGACAAGUCAUCGUGCAAGUUUUAAAACAACCCCCAGGACACUUGUAGUAUAUCUCUCACUAGUUACAGCUCAGCAAGCAGACACAAUACAAUCUCCACAGCAUGAAGCAAAAACUCUUAAGACAACUCUUACCGACUGAAUUCUACCGCAAUGUUCUCCAAGCAACUAACCCCAGGCCCCCCGAUGCGGAAGGGAGGACUAUUGCUCAUUGAGCAUCCGCUGUACAAGACUCGUGAAUGACAAGGCGAAAUCGUGGAUUUGGAUUUGCAUAUGCCCUGUAAAUAGAAUUGGGUAGAGUUUGGCGACAAGUGGAAGGAUGUGUUGAGAACAAAACUGCACCAAAACCCCAGGCCACCCUACAAAGCCGCCUAGCAGACCGAGUGGAAGAUGGAUCCAGUCGAUAGCCUGGCUGUGGAAUAUGGGACUGGGCAGGACUGCUGUUUCAAAAGCCCUUCAGCUCAAGGGAACCUCGACCAGGAGUGCCCUGCUGCAGGACUCACACAGCCUAGGAACAGAUUGGAUAUAAUGAGGGUAUAUAUUGUCUUCUAUUGAAAGGAAGACAAAUAGGGUUGACUUGGCAUAUCUGGGUUUUUUUAUUACAAAGUGAACACAUCCUUUUUUUCCUUGUUGUUGUUGUUCUUGCUAUUAUUGUUGCUCUUCAUGGUGAUAAAGUAGGUCGCUGUCCCCUUGUUUUCAUGAUUUCAGCGUUCAGUUUCAAUCAUUUUCUACAAACUUUCUGCCCAUGGAGAUGUCUGUCCAUUUUAUACAUCUGUGUAUAGUGUACCAUAACAGCUCUUUCUCCCGCCAACACACAUGUACAGAGCAUCUUAUUCAUUUGCAUAAUUUUUUACGCCCAUGUACAGCAAUUUGUAUGUAUGUUUUCUUCCAUAUAUUUGUAGCCGCUCACACUUGUUUAAAAAAAAAAGAACAAAGAGGAAAAAAAGAGAAUGUCACACUGUAUAACAACUAUUUGGUUUGUUUAAUACUGUUUCCCUGUUGACAUGUUAUUUAUCGUUCUUUGCUCGGAUGUUGUGUCUGAGUUUGCUUUAAAUUUUGUUUGCUUCAUUUUGGACAAAAAAGGGAAAAUUACAAUUUCAAUGUUAUGUUUUUUUUUCUUCUUUAAAACAUAACAUUUCAUGACAUCAAAAUAUGUCAAUUAUAAGCCAGUUUGGAUUCAAAAGUUCUCAGUCACUGGUAAAUAACAUAUCUACUGAUGUUAAAGAUUAAAAACACAAGUUCUGAGUAUGAGACACAAUUUAUGAGCAGACUUCGAUGGUUGAUGUUUUGCAUAUUCUGUUUGGUCAUGUUUUUUUAUGGCUGAAACUGCUUUUUUGUAUUCCCAAUCUUAACAACAUAAUUAUAUGUUUUAAGACAAACAAAUUCGAGGCUGCUGUUUGAAAUUCAUGACAAGAACACAGAAAUUGUUGUCUACGGAGCUGGCCACCAAUGCCGGCAAAGGAGGCCAGGCGUAUUAGCCAUCCAUUCAGGAAUUAAAA